CUUGAGACGAACCUUGGCUUCUUUCUUAUUAAUUUGUGUAAUAGUACCAAGUGGUCUCGUGUUAAUUUGAUAUAUUACUGUAUUAAUUGUCCACGGAAGUGAUUUCACGCUUAGGAAGUACAGGAGUAAACAUGUCUUCUAAAGCUCAAUCAACAAGCAAAGACACAAAAAUACCAAGUAAAGAAGUCAUGGUGACCCGCCACAAGUCUGCCCAGAUGAAGCGACAGCUGCGAACCAAGGAUCGGAGCAUGAAACAUAUCACUGACCUUCUCAAGAGUCCAACAAAGGAUACCUCAGCUAAAACUGUACCGGUAAAGAAGAAGCCGUCCCCAAAGGCUAAACAAUCAUUGCUUCAAAGCGUGCAAAAGAUACAGAAUUUACCGCAGAAGACUUUUAAACUAUCCAAAGUUCUGCGUAAAGAAAUUCUGUUAGUUCAAGAUGAGGAAUAUUAUCCGAAUAAGAGGAAACGGAAGCUGAAUGUUAAUAAAGUGGUUUUAAAGGCGAAGCCUAAUAUGAAGGUAGUUGGGGAAAUAACUGGGUCUGUUAAGAGGAAGUACGCUGUUCCACUUAAGGCCUCCGACAAUCCAGUACCACUACAGCCUGUGCCAGACUCCGCAAAGCAGUUAAAAGAGUGUGCGAAGCUAAGCAUGGCGGAAGCUAUACAGCUGAUGGAUGAGCAUCUGACGGAUGAGGACCUGAUGGAGAUCCUGACCUGUCCCAGUCCAGUCUGGUGGGAGGACCCACCUGAUGAAGAUUACACUGAAGAACCACUCUUCACACGGUCUCCUCCUGCCACUGAGAAGAAAGACGAUCGUCUAGCAACCCCAGCACCCAUGGAAGUUGACGCAGAAGUAUCUGAAACUAGUACAGGUAAAAUUAUCCCAAUAUCUAAUCUGAGUGCUAAAAGCGACAAGUUUUUGAAGAAAAGAUCUAAACUUGAAAAUUUAUUAGACAAUAUUAAAGAUAAAAACAAUAAGGAAAAGGUAAAUACUAGUAAUGAAGAAAUUAUAGUUCCCCCUCAAACUAUAAUGACGAAAAUAAAAAAGAUCUCACUGAAAAAAUGAGUAAUACAAUUGAACAAGACGUGAUUGAUAAUCAAAUUAAAGACAAUGUGGUUAAAAAUGAAAUUGAAGAUGAUGCUAGUAAUGAUUAUGAAGAGGAUUUCCUUAAUAAUGAAAUUGAAAAAGAUGUGGCUAAUGAUGAUGUUAAAAAAGACGAGUCUUCAAAGAACAAACAGAAACGAAAUUGUCUGAAUCUGAUGAUGAAAUCAUAUUGCAUAACAGCAGUAUGAAUGAAGAUGAGUUGCUGAAGGAUUUGGAAAAUAUGGAAAUCCCUGUAGCCAAUGUAAUAGUUAUAGAUGAUGAUGAUGAUUUUUUAGAGAAGUCGAGUGAAAAUACAGUGAGGGAAGAUAGUAAAAAGGGUAAUACUGAAGUUAAAAGUCAUAUUAACAUUAAUACAGACUCAAUUAAAGUUACAGAUAAAAGUGAUUCGAAUGAAGUGCCAAAAAACUUACCAGUACUGCAAAAGUGUCACUUGAGUGACGAUGUAGCGUCACCAAAGUCUUUUGAUUGCUCAAGUCCAAAAAGUUCACAAUCAAGUGUUGUUUCAACAAAUAAAGACCUAUUGAUAGCAUAUCCGAUACUAAUAUAAGAUUUCUAAUAGAAGAUGAAGAAGAUAAAAUUAAAAUUAGUCAAGACAAUUUAGAAAAUGCUUUAAACAAAUGCAAUGAAAGUGAAUCAAUUGAUACAGAUAAAUCGACUGAAAAUGUAACAAUCUAUAAAAUAAUCGAAGAAAUUUCCGAUGCAGCAGAUACUAAUAUACUUAACAUAGUUGACUCUAAACUGAAUGAUUAUUAUAAGAAGUGUAAAAAAGUAUAUCAGAAGAAGAAAACUGAUAUAAAUAAAAACGAAAUGGAGAACGGAGAUACAGAUAGUUAUUCUACAGUUUCUUGCGACAAUUGCAAGCCUACGUUUAAAAAGGUAUCAGAACUGAAGACGUAAAGUAUUGCUUGAAAUGUUCCGCCAUCUUUGACUCAAAAGACUGCACAUAUUGUAUAAAUAAAUUAAAUAGAGCGUGUAAAUCUUGUAAAAUUAAGUUCUGCUGUCUAAGUUAUUACGAAAAUCACGCAGAGAAUUGUAAAAAAACUAUAAAUAGGCACGCGGUUGUGGAAUAAAUAUUGAAGUCACCUACAAAGGAAUAUAAGGAAAGAGUGAUAAUUCCAUACAUCAGUUUUCUGACCAAUACAGAGUUCGUAGUUACAUCUAGCGUCGAGUAGCGGAAUUAUCAGUACAACUACUCUACACUAGAUGUCAAGAGUGUCGCGUCUGACAAAAAUGUAAUACAACUCAUAUUACAUGCAGAAAUAAUUGAAAAUAGAAUACCAAUUAAUGCAUUUGUAAUAUUAGCUGAAAAUUGUUGAACAUUAGAAUUCGUCGCGACAUCUAUUGACAAGUAGCAGUACUGAUAAUUCACCCUACUUGACGCGAGAUGUCGACACCGAAAAUAAUGUGUUUUAGAAGAUAAUAGACGUAUGGAGUGAGCAAUCUUUACUUAUUUCUUUAUAUAUACUUACGGGUUGUUUAACGGUUUACCCAAAAACGGUAAAACGUAAUAUUUUAGUGUUAUUUGAGCCGUUUGUUUUGUAUUUCUUGUAUGGAGUUGAUGCUACCAAUUUAAUUUAUUACUUGUACUGCCAUUGAAAGUGACAGGCACACUUAAAGGCUGAAGGCUGGCCAGAAAUAUAUGGCUACACGCCAUGUUGCGGAAUUUCAUGACAACUAUUUUCUUCAUACUGACCUGAACUGUCACUCCAUACAUCAGAAUAACAGCGCCCUCUUGACAAUAGUCAUAUAUUUCUGGUCAGGCUUUACUUACAUAAUAUGUGAUUGUUUCCUACCCUUAUUUGUGUCAAAAUCGAGUAAAAAAAUCCAAUUUUUUCGCUUACUAUAAGAACGAGAUUGCUACUGGUAUCUUUAUACCAGUAAGAGGAAGAAGUAAGGGAAGAGAUGUAACUCCAUACGUCAGUAAACGCGAUUUAUUUGUAUAGGCAUAGUUAAGUGACAUCUAGCGACAAUCACGCGUCAACUAGCAUAAAUUAUCAGUACUGCUACUUGUCAAUAGAUGUCGCGACGAACGAAGAGUCUAAUGCUCA